UGUUGCAAUUUAAAGUUUGAUUGGUUGGUAACGCGACACUUAGCACAUAAAAACCAAUCUUUGUGUAGUUGUAUUGAUCGGCAUGCAGCUCCAGCCAAUGAGAGCGUGCCUCCUCUGGUCACGUUUACUAUUAUUUGCCUCUUAGCACCGCCUCCCAGUGAAGUGACAGCGACACUAACCAAUGAAAGCAAAGGCGAUGGCGUCGCAUGUGUCUGUGAUUGGAUGCCGAACCAGUAAUGGGCGGGGCUUACUUCGUGUUUUUUUUUUUUGUGACGAUUGUGAAAAUGGCGGCGAUUGAUCUACGUUAACUUUGUCGUGAAUUCACACAGUGGAGCUGUCUUAAUAAGGCUUACUUUCACUUAGAAUAGAAAAGUUACUAGACGAGUCUAGCCGGAGUGCACAUCUUAAUGGUAAAAAAUACACGAGGACUGUUUUAACCGCUGGAUUUUCCCCACUGUGAACCCGAGUUUAAGUCUUGUGGAAAUAUUGUUUUAUUUGAAACUUGAACCAGGAUUAGCGUAUGUUACUCGAUAAAUAUACGCUCCUCAGUUCUCGCCUCACUCUGUAUGGUUGACUAAAAUAUUAGACGCUGUACAUAUAAGCCGUGUGUAUAAACAAGACCCCAUAUCGCUUUGUAAUUUUAAUAUUUUUACGACCGUGUUUCUGGUUAGCGGUUGGUUCGCUGAUGCUCGUUCACUGUCCUCAGCAGCGCUUAGCUUUCAUGGUUGUUUUAAUAACCUGCUGGGUUUUUCAUGUUAGUGUGAGAUUAUAAUACAAUAGUUUUGUAGUAUUGUGAACGAACCCGCUGACGAGUUCGUAACUAUUUGAAAGCAGUGAUUUUUUUUAUACAGCAAGUAUUAAUGUAACGUAGCGUUAUUUCGAUUAAACGGACACUGUAAUAAAGAGGGCAUCAAACACAGUUGGGGCGGUUAUUUCUAACGCGAUAAACUGACAGAAGCGCGUUUCUUGGCUCGCCGCUUGCUCAGGCGGCAGCGCUCGACUCUUCAUCCCGACAAUGGACGACCCCAAGCCGCGUUACAGCAAGAGACUGCGGUCUGGCACCCGGCGGCGUUACCAAGACGAUGGCAUUUCCGACGACGAAAUCGAUGGAAAGAGGACUUUCGAUCUGGAGGAGAAGCUUCACAACAGCCGCUUCAACUCAGACAGAAUCAAAUGCAUGGAGGGCAAAGACUUCACAUAUGAGUACAUUCAGAGGUGUGGACUCCGGGACCCCAUCAUUUUUGAGAGACCUGAUGGUCUUGGCAUUAAAAUGCCAGAUCCAGACUUCAGUGUAAAUGAUGUGAAGUUGUUUGUAGGAAGUCGGCGUAUGAUUGACGUGAUGGAUGUGGCUACUCAGAAGGGGACGGAGAUGUCAAUGGCGCAAUGGAGGCGCUACUAUGAGACUCCUCCCUCUCAGAGAGAGAAACUUUAUAAUGUUAUCAGUCUUGAAUUUAGCCACACUAAACUAGAGAGCCUUGUCAAAAGACCUGCCACAGUGGACAUGAUUGACUGGGUGGACAACAUGUGGCCACGACACUUAAAAGAAAGACAAAGAGAUUCUACAAACACUAUCACUGAGAUGCAAUACCCCAAAGUGCAGAAGUACUGCCUAAUGAGCGUGCAGGGCUGUUACACAGAUUUCCACAUAGACUUUGGAGGGACAUCUGUGUGGUACCACAUACUGUGGGGGUGCAAGGUGUUUUGGUUAAUCCCACCCACACCACAAAACCUGGAGCUUUAUGAGAACUGGGUGUUGUCAGGGAAACAAGGCGACAUCUUCCUUGGUGACAAGGCCACUGACUGCCAGAGGAUUGAGCUCAAGCAGGGCUACACAUUAAUUAUUCCAUCAGGUUGGAUCCAUGCGGUGUAUACUCCAGUAGACACACUUGUGUUUGGUGGGAACUUUCUACAUAGUUUCAACGUCCUCAUGCAACUGCACAUCUCCAACAUUGAGGACAGAACACGGGUGCCAGCUAAGUUCCGGUAUCCAUUCUAUUAUGAGAUGUGCUGGUACGUGUUGGAGCGUUAUCUAUACAGCAUAACCAACACCUCCCACCUCAUCCCUGAGUUCCAGAAAUACUCUCUGGGAAUUGGCUUGAAACGGGACGGUUCAGGCUGUGAGGUACUAAAUGGACAUGCUAAAGAGGAAAGAGAUGACAGUGAUGCUCCCUCCCCACCGAAUGCACCAGGGGUGAAGCUUCACUUGACUCCUUUUGAGCUGGAGGGGCUGUGGCACCUGGUGGAGAAGCUGGAGUCGUUGCCCUCACAUAAGAAGUGUGUGCCUUCAGGAAUACACAACGCUGCUGCCCUGCUACACGACAUACGGGCAUUAUUGAAAGAACAUGCCAGUGACAUCCCUAAACUCUCUUACACUGGAAAACCUAUUGUCAGAUGGCCAAAGAGGCCCCCCUGGUACCAGCCCCCUCCUCCCCCUCCACCUGUUAUUCGUCCCAAGCUGGCAGCCACACCCAUUAUUCCUCGGCCAGUGAAACCAGCCUCUAAUAUGUCGGUCCUACGACGGCGCCGCGUGCGCUGUAAACGCUGCGAGGCAUGUCUGCGCACAGAAUGUGGCGACUGCAACUUCUGCAGAGACAUGAAGAAAUUCGGUGGCCCUGGCAAACUCAAACAGACCUGUGUGCUGCGCCAGUGUCUCGCUCCUGGUCUGCCGCUCUCUGCUGUAUGUGAGAUCUGUGGGGAAGGCAACCAGGACACUGGUGAAGAGCUCAUGGAGUGCUCCAACUGUGCUCAGAUUACACAUCCUAGCUGUUUGAAGAUGUGUGGUGAUGUGGUGAGGGACAAAGACCUACCGAGCUGCUGGGAGUGUCCUAAAUGUGUUGUGGGCAAAGACACAGAUUCUGAGUCGUCAGGCAGCGGUGAUGACAUCACGGCACAGGAUGGGUCAGGGGGGCGAGGGGGCGAGGGCGGGGCAUGGCACGGGGUCGGGCGGCCCCCCAGUUCUCUCUCACAUGGGUCGCUCCAGAAACGGGCCGCAGCCCCUGAGCAGCGGCUCAGGAAGCGGCUAAAAUUGGAAGGGGGUAAAACACAUAAACGCAAGUCUUCAUCUCUUGAUCCUCGCGUGGCUAAGAUCUAUCGGCGUCAUGGGAUGGAACACGAUGAUGAUUCGGGCAGUGAUGACGACAGUGGCAAGAUGUCAUCUGUCCGAGGCGGGGUCUCCUCGUCCCGCCGAGGUUAUGGAGCUGGUAGGCGAGGUGUUUGGAGAGGCUCCUCGCAUCGAGGGAGUCGAGGGGGAGGCAGCUUGGCAACAGGUUCGCUGAAAAUGAGGCGGGGACUUGGGGCAAGAGGGGAGAGAGGGGGUCGGGUGAGGUUAAGAGGAGGAUCACACAUGAGAAGACGGCGCUAUGAAACUGAAGACGACGAUGAUGACGAAGACGACGAUGAUGAUGAUGAGGAGGAGGAUGAUGAUGAGGAUGACAGUGAUGAAGAGCGACAUCUUGGCCGGUCAGACAAGGAGCAUCGUUCAAGGAGACGGAGGCGGAGAGGUGACGACUACGAUGAUGAUGACGACGAGGAUGAUGAUGAUGAGGAAGACAGUGAGGAACAGGACUUUGAAGGAGAGGACGAUGAGAUGGAAGACUUAGAUGAUGGAGGAGAGGAAGAUGAAGAUGAUGAGGAUGGAGAGAACCAAUCAGACUCUGAUCCUGACCCACCUGUCUUACUAGUCUCAGACUUGAACGAUGACCUGCUGAACGAUUCCUACCUGACUGUGACCCUCCAGCGCCCUCCAAAGGCCAAACGGGACCGUGGCUCCAUUGUACCCAAACUGGAGGCGGCUAUGUCUCCCCGAACACCUAGCGGUCCUGGUUUUAUCCAGCGUAAAACGCUACCCAGGACCCGACUCAGGAACACCACCUCGACGCCGGCCGGAAAUGGCCUCUCUCAGUCCAAAAGCGGGCACACAGCCAGCCGCCACACGAGACGGAGCUCCAACCAGGACAGUCGAGAGAGAGACACAGCGUCACCGUCCUCUAUGUCUUCUCGAUCCUCUGUUUCUCCACCUCCACCUCCUCCAGCCAUCACCACUUCUUCUCCUCCUUCCCUCCUCUCUCAUCCCUCAUUCCGUGACGUAGGAAACGAGCGUGGCUGUGAAAAGGACAUUUGGAUGUCUGUGUUCCGUUACUUGGGUCGGACAGAUAUGGCUGUGUGUAUGAGAGUCUGCAAGGCUUGGUACAAAUGGUGUUGUGAUAAGCGCUUAUGGACACACAUAGAUCUGAGUCGAUGUCGGGCACUCAGUCCUCAGGCUCUGUCAGCCAUCAUAAAACGACAACCUGUGACAGUUGACCUCUCCUGGACUCCAGUAUCAAAGAAACAGAUUGCCUGGCUCAUUCAUCACCUCCCAAGUUUGAAAGAUCUAACAAUGUCAGGUUGCUCGUCAUUAUGCGUGUCAGCGUUAAGUACACAGAGCUGUCCGGGUUUGCGAACCCUUGACCUGAGCUGGGCCGUGGGUGUCAAAGAUUCACAAAUAAAAGACCUCAUUGUGCAGCCAGGCAGUGAAAGUCGCAGUCGGCUGAGAGGUUUGCUCACUCUGCGCUUGGCUGGUUUGGAUGUGAAUGACUCCACCCUGAAGAUGAUCGUCAGACACAUGCCUUCACUGCGUGGGUUAGAUUUGUCCCACUGCCAGGGGCUCACAGACCAGUCCAUUAACCUGCUCACCGCUACCGGCUGCAACACUCGCAACACACUCAGACAGCUCAAUCUUUCAGGUACCCUCCACCUUCUGAAAAUACCUAUGAUAUGCUCUGCCUACAUUGUGUUCAGGUUAUCCUUGUGGUGCCCAAGAAAACACGAUUGGAAUCUGCGGGGCAUGACUCGACGUGGCUGUGAAAACUUCAUCUCUGACCUGUCCUACUGCACCGUAUUCUGCCUGACCGAGGACAAACUCAUUCAGAGAAUAUCAUAACAUGCACACACAAACACAUACACACAUACAUACACACACAGUCUCCACACAGCUCUGCUUAGCGAGCUCACGAGUGCUCCAUCCCACUCAACGCAGGCUCAUCUGGCCUGAAUGGGAGGAUGAGGCUGAAGAAAAGAGAUGGAUGGAAGGAUAUGGCCACUGUUCUAGAAGAAGGGUAAAAACAGGCUGACAGGUUAGGUUAUUUUCAGCGCUGUCUUCAAGUAAAGUGGAGGAAUUUAUUCCCACAACCCAUGAGACUGAUGCAGACACAUCCAGCGUGUGGCUUUUUCUCCUUUUCUGGGUGUUCAGCCUAAUCCAAAGUUGCUGAUAUGCUUGAAACUGAACUUCACAAUCCAGCCCGGGAUCAAGAGAUUCGGUCCUGGUGUGGCUCUGACGUCGCAGCGAAUUGAAGCAAGGAUGCCACGUCCUGAUAGUUCUCAUCUGCCACGACUUAAAGAAUGUAGUGGCAGCACAGGAUGAAUCUAAAUCUGAAUCAUAAAGACUUCAGCAUACCGAUCCAGAUGUUCACUCAUGCUCUUAGCGACUUUGUCUGAACACAGAUUUUGGACAUUCAACCUUUCUGAAGGUUCUGCUGCCUGGAUGUUUGAAGACAUUUAACACACCACACUAAGUUUUUACUCGCUCGUACCAAACAGAAAUCACUCUUUCUUUGUUUUCUUUCAUCUGAUGUUUUGUUCUUCUGCUUGCUGUCAUCUCAAAUGGGCAAUUCACCUGCAUUCUCCUGUCCUGUCUAAACUUUGAGGGUUGCUCACAUUUGAGGCUCAAUUGUUCAUUUACCCUUGAAAAGCUAUAAUUUGUGCAACUUGUAGCAACACGAUAGCAAUUAUUUUCUGAGGACUUUUUUAGGAAAUGUUCUUUUUUUGUUUGUUUUUGUUUUUCAUGAAAAAGCAGAAAAAUAAAAAGUGGAAAGCAAACAAUG